CACAAAUACAAGAUGGUGGAAGGAGACUCUAAAAGUAGUAGUAGCGGAGUUAUCUUAAAAUUUAAAGACGAAGAAACUUCGCCUGACAGCUUUUAUGAAUAUCCUUCAAGCGUUCGAGAUGGCAAAGUUCCACUUAUCAUUGAUAAUGGUGGUUAUCAGUGUCGGGUAGGAUGGGCUACAGACAGUGCUCCAAAACUUGUAUUUAGAAACCUUGUUGCUAAGUCAAGGGGUAGAAAGGGAGAGCCAGACUCCGGUGGUAUUGCUGUAGGUAAUGACAUUGGAACUAUUGAGAUGUUGAGAUGGUCAGUCAAGACACAGUUUGACAGAGAUGUGGUCACACAUUAUGAAUGCCAGGAACAAGUUUUGGAUCAUGCCUUCAGUCAUCUUAGCAUCAAUACACCAGGGGCUGUAAACCAUCCCAUAGUAAUGACUGAACCAGUUUGCAAUCCAAACUACUGCAGACAGUUGAUGUCAGAGCUUCUGUUUGAGUGCUACCAUGUUCCAUCCAUAGCYUAUGGCAUAGACAGUCUAUUUAGCCUGUACAAUAAUUGUUCAUAUACARCAUCAUUAAACACCCUCAUUGUAUCGUCUGGUUAUCAAGUCAGCCAUGUUCUUCCYAUAGUCAAUGGAAGGCUUGAUGCUCAAAACUGCAAAAGGAUUAAUUUGGGAGGUGCAAGUAUUGCGUGGUACAUGCAGAGGUUAAUACAGUUGAAGCACCCCACUCAUGCAGCACAGAUAACUCUAGCAAGGGCACAGGUGAAUAAUGACAUCCUAAAAUGGGCUUCAACUGACUAUUAUGAUGAUAACAUAAAGAGAAUACAACUUCCCUAUCACCAGCCCCAAGUCCCUCAAAACGGCCCUGCCAAGAAUGAAGAAAAAGAAAAGAUACGACGUCAGAAACAAGGGAAAAGAUUACAAGAAAUUAAUGCCAAAAGACGAGAGGAAAAGAUUGCAAGGGAAGAGGCCAAACUGAAAGAACUAAAAGACAUCAAGGACUUAGAAUCCACUGAUGAGGAAGCUUUCAAGACUGCAUUGAAGGGAGCUGGGUUCCAGUCAGUUGAGGCUCUAAGUACUGCAAUCAAAAACCUCACUUCAUCAAUGGAGAGACGAAAGGAAAAGCUUGUUGCUAUGCAGACAGCGGCAGAAAUGGAUGAAGAAUUUAAGGAAAUUUACGAGGCACGUCAACAACGAAGACAAAGACGAGAAGAACUCGCUACAAGACGAAGCCAUGCAUCCAUGGAACGUAUGAGAAUCCUGUCCCGACUUGCUUACGAUCCAAAUGUCCGAGAUGAUGGGACUACAAGAAUAUCGCAUAAGAAAUCAAAGGAAGACACGUUUGGACAAAACGACGAAGACUGGAUGGUUUACAGGGCCAUUAAUAAAGACGCUGGUGACUCAGACAGCGAAAAAGAGCAAGAAGAGUUAACAGAGUUGGAAAAUUUGCUCAAAAAACACGACAAGGAGUUUGCAAGGAACGAAGAGUCAAAGGGAGGACCGGUUGACUUGGCUGAAUAUCAUCAACUUCAUCUUGGAGUGGAGAGAAUACGAGUCCCUGAGAUACUGUUCGAACCAGCUAUGGUAGGACUGGAGCAAGCUGGUAUCACUGACACUAUAGACUUUGUAUUGGGACACUAUUCUCCUGAAAGACAGAACUCGCUUGUACAGAAUAUCUUUUUAACUGGCGGAAACACUAUAUUCCCAAACUUUACUCAGCGCUUAGAGAAAUGCAUAGACAAAGCCCUCCAAGCAAUUCGACCUUUCAAAUCAACAUUCAAAAUCUACGAGGCCAGGAAUCCCAGUCUUGACUCGUGGUUUGGUGCGCGUAAGUGGGCGAGUAAAGCGUCCAACCUGACUCUAGGGAGCAUAUCUAAACACAAUUAUGAAGAAAUGGGAGCAGAUUAUUUAAAAGAACAUUUAUUAUCUAAUUUAUUCGUUCCUACUCCGCUAAACAAUCAGUAGUGAAAAGAGAGGCCUUUGAAAGCUCACCACACGGUUUAKCCAUCGAAAUUCAGAAAAUCUAUCUUCACAAUAGUGUAGCCUUUUAAUGGAAUU